GGAUUCCUAAUGUAAAAGAAUGUCGCUUUUAAUCAUUUAAUAAUUGGUCGAACAUUGUGGCCAUGAUAAUAAUGAUUGAAUUUGAAUCACCAAGAGAGAUGAUUUGCUAUACCACCUUGCUGGACAAAUGACUUAAUUGGGUGUAUAUAGCGGACCAUUUUAAUUCGCGUCCGUUUGAGUUUUGUUUGCUCAAUACAUACACACAUCUAAAAUGAAUACAAUGUUGGUAGGCUGAGUCAAAUGAUUUGUAUGCACAAUCACAACAUGUGACAUCAUUGUCUCUUUGUCUCUAUGUUUUAUCUUUGACUAACAAUUGACUGAGAUUUGGUUUCCUUCAGAUUAUCAUCAUCAAUAAUAUUUUUAUAUUAUAAAUAAAAUCUUUGAUCAGCCAAUUGGCAAUCGUUCGAACAAAACAGCAUGGAUCAACAUUCUAGAGGUUACAAGAAUCGAGGCAGUGAUAUCGAUGAUGUACGUCGUCGUCGUAAUGAAGCGACGGUUGAAUUACGUAAAAACAAACGCGAAGAUGCCUUGCUCAAAAAGCGUAACAUAACUAUCACGAACGAUUGCCAAGAUAGUUCCAAUGUUGACGGAGUGAUCGAACCGAAAUUGGUACUUGAAGACCUAAAUUCUUUGGUCAUUGCAUCCAUGAGUCCGGAUCCAGAUGAUAAAUUGACCGCCAUCAAGAAUGCUCGAAUGUUGUUAUCGUCGGAUAAGAAUCCGCCUAUCGAUGAGAUAAUUGCAGCCGGAAUUCUGCCUCCUUUGAUCGAUGCAUUAAAGUACAGUAAUGUGCCUACCUUGCAGUUUGAAGCGGCCUGGGCUCUCACCAACAUUGCCUCAGGUACGUCGAUCCAGACGCGUAAAGUUGUUGACGAAGGAGCAGUUCCGUUGUUGGUGAAUUUGCUUGUGUCGCCAAACGAGAACGUUGCCGAACAAUCGCUAUGGGCUUUGGGCAACAUCAUAGGUGAUGGACCAGAUCUUCGUGACUUUGUCAUCGAAAGUGGUGUUCUUGAACCUUUAAUCACGAUACUACAUCGCUAUCCUUCUCCAUCUUUUUUGCGUAACCUGUCUUGGGUGAUUAUUAACAUGUGUCGUAACAAGAAUCCUCCCCUUCCGAUUACCGUAUUGGUGACAAUAUUGCCUGUAUUACAAAGCCUAUUACAACAUUCACAGGAUACUUCCAUCCUUGUGGAUGUUGUAUGGGCGAUUUCUUACAUAACUGAUCAUGGCAAUGAACAAAUACAGAUGGUCAUCGAUUCCGGCCUCGUCUCCUUUAUCAUACCACUAUUACAUCAUGAAGAUUUAAAGAUUCAAACACCGGCAUUGCGGGUCAUUGGUAACAUUGUUACCGGUACAGACGAUCAAACACAAUUCGUACUUGAUUCGAAUGUGCUCGCUUAUUUGCCGCCAUUAUUGAACCAUACAAAAGAGAAAAUCAAAAAAGAAGCACUAUGGUUCCUGUCAAACAUAACAGCCGGCCGUAUUGACCAAAUCCAGACAUUGAUGGAUCACAACAUCAUACCGACCAUAAUCGAAAAUCUGGACCGUGGUAGUUUCCAACUACAACGAGAGGCAGCCUGGGCCAUUUCCAAUAUGACCAUGAAUGGAACAAAGGAACAGGUCAGAUAUCUAGUUGAACAAGGAGUCAUAGAGCCCAUGUGUAAAUUACUCACCGUCAAGGAUACUCAGAUAUUGCAGAUAUUGCUCGAAGGUCUUAUCAAGAUAUUCCAUCAUUAUGAAACACAAGUGAAUGUAAUUGCAGAUGAGAUUGAAAAAUGUGGCGGUCUCGAUACAAUUGAAUCAUUACAACACCAUGAAAAUGAUCAGAUCUAUAAGUUUGCCUUCGAAAUCGUGGAUAGAUUCUUUGAUAGCAACACUGAAGAUAUACCAGAAUUGGUUCCACAGGCUAAUGAUACCGAAUUUGGAUUUAACAACAAUAAUAACGAAAAUGUUCCCAAUCAUCAGAAUCAACAACAGUUCAAUUUUUAAUCUACAAAAUCAAACGAAAAACCUUUUAUACAAUUAUUUUAACUUAUAACCUACUUGAUUGACAUUAAUUUUUUGCUGAAUAAAUUCUUUUGUUAUUACAAUUUUAUUAAUA